GUCAGCCCAGCCCAAAGGACUCCUCUGGAAACAGAACACCAACCCUUUCCUUCUCCCCUCCUCUCGUCCCGGAGCCUUCUCUCCUUCUAGAGAGGGAGAGGGAGGGAGACAGGCCACGGCCGCAACACCCGCCCGCGCCACCUCGCUCCCCUCGGCAACCAAUUGAUCCGGCUGCGCUCCUUGGAGCUAUGGCGGGCUGCUCUAGGGGCAGCUUCCCCGCCUGGAUGACCGCCGCCGCCACGCGCGUCGACCUCUCUGGCUCUGGCGGCGGCGGCGGCGGUGCCGCGUCCGGCACGCAGCCUUCCCAGCCCGGGCCGCCGCCGGCGGACCAGGAGCUCGGCAUGUUCGAGCGCGCCCUCUCCGCCGCCAGCGCCGCUUUUAUCUCCGCCAUCAUUGUUAACCCUCUCGACGUCGCCAAGACGAGGUUGCAGGCGCAGGCGGCGGGGGUGGCUUACUACCAAGCACCACAGAUGGCGGCGCUCGGACCGGAUUCGAUACUGUCUGAAUUCAGGUGCUCUCCAUCGUGCACACGUGGUGUCAUUUUGGGAAGGGAACCUAUCUGCCCCCCUGAUUGCUUUCAGUACAAGGGCACAGUUGACGUAUUCUUGAAAGUUGUUAGACAGGAGGGAUUUGGUAGAUUAUGGAGAGGUACAAAUGCAGGCUUGGCAUUAGCUAUUCCAACUGUUGGAAUAUAUUUGCCUUGCUAUGACAUAUUCCGCAACAGAAUUGAAGAUUUUACAAGAAGCAAUGCUCCUGGUUUGACACCAUAUGCCCCACUAGUAGCAGGAUCAGUUGCACGUUCGCUAGCAUGCAUUGCUUGUUCCCCAAUCGAAUUGGCAAGGACACGGAUGCAGGCAUAUAAGGAAUUUCAGCCUGGAGUAAAGCCUCCUGGAAUGUGGAAAACAUUGCUUGGUGUUCUUUCACCACAUGCAAGUUCAAGUCAGAGUGUACAAAAUUAUCGUGUUCUAUGGACUGGUGUGGGUGCACAGCUUUCACGGGAUGUUCCGUUCUCUGCUAUAUGCUGGUCAACGCUGGAGCCGAUUCGAAGAAAGCUUCUUGGUCUUGUUGGAGAAGAAGCCGAUGCAGCUAGUGUGUUGGGAGCAAACUUUGCUGCUGGUUUUGUAGCAGGUAGUCUUGCAGCUGGUCUUACAUGCCCUCUAGAUGUUGCCAAGACAAGGAGACAGAUAGAGAAGGAUGCUCAGAAGGCAAUGAGAAUGACGACGAGGCAAACCUUAGUUGAUAUAUGGAGCUCUGGAGGUCCAAAAGGCUUGUUCACCGGUGUUGGUCCUCGUGUUGCACGUGCUGGCCCAUCAGUUGGAAUUGUCAUAUCCUUUUACGAGGUUGUCAAGUAUGCUCUUCACCAAAGUCAGAUGGCAUGAUCAGGAUUUGCUCGGAAGAUGGAGCCACCUUCUUUUGUAGAAACAUGACACUCUCCAAAUCUGCCAAGUGUACUGCUCUCUCGAGCAUUGGGCUGGCGGGGCUAGGUGUAACUUAGAGGAAAUGAGUUCUCAAGAGUGAACAUGCUUUUUCCUGGAUAAGGUCCAGUUGUCGUUUAGUAAUAUCUUCGAAGGCUUUCAGUUUUGAUGCGGAGCGAGCUCCAGUUUUGUCAGAGGGAAACGGACACAACCUUGUCUUGAAGCUUUCUGUGUACACCAAAAGCUGAAGCCUGCUUCGAUUAACUUAUAGCAAUACCAAUGUAGUGGAAGAUGUAGCGCAGACAAUGAUCAAUAAUACCUUGCACUUUGUAUCCUCAACUACAGAAGAAAUUUUGUUUUAUCUCUCAA